GCCGUGGCCAUAUUUGUUGAUGUGUCAUUCCAAAAAGGACUUGUUGGGUUGACCAGCUGGAAAGACAGACAAAGUCACGGCUCAAAGUUCACCAUUAAGUUCAACCCGAGCUGCUCACUCGUUCCACUCAUGGAUUUACCACACUCGAUUUGACGCACAGAAGGUACCAUGGAGCUACCUGAUCCAGUCUCGGACGCACACGUGAUGGAGGAGUCCAAUGUCGAGUUGAAAGGAGGUGAAUUGCCACAGUUACAGCAGCUCCAGAACUGUGAUGUAGAAAAACAAGAACUCGCGUCAGAUGAAUGUACAACAGAGGACUGUAUGCAGACAAAAGGUGACUUUAUCAAAACUAAAACAGAUCGUUUUGCAAAGACAAAGAUCGAAGGACAAGAUGGAGGGGGUGAGCUGGCGUCCGAUGACAACUGUGAUAGUAUUACGUGUUCAAAUGAAGAGGAACAGCCGUCACCUAUUUUAAAUGAAGCGGCUUCAGGCGAUGCGGUUGAAGUUUCCCACUCCGUAGAAGAUAUAUUGACUCUUGACAAAGACGGUUCUCCCAACGGCAACUACGAGUCGCCCGUCAGCAAGGAGCCGUCGCCACAGAGCCGCAACGGAUUAACUGAGAGUCUGUCAUCCAAACACUCCCCCCCUGAGUCCACGACCACCGCAUCCGGCAUCUCCAACGGCCCCUCCACCCCCUCUUCGGACACCAUCAGCUCCUCCCUCACCUCCAGCCCUCAAAGCGGCACCGAGACGUCGGCGCCCUCCCAUUCGACGUCCAGCCCGUAUGACACGGACUGCAGCCGGAAGCUGAUUUCGCAGAUCCAGCGCUCCCUGUCGCAGGAGUCUCUGUUGGACGAGCUGGAGUCGGAGCUGAUGGCCUAUCAGCUUCCCGAAGUCGAACGUAAAGGAAGCCCGCCUGUCAAUGGAGUCCCUUUGGAGCAGGAGGACUGCAUGUUGGUCUUUGAGAAGUGUGUCCAGUACAAGUAUGCGCAGCAGGAAAAGUCCAUCCAGAGGUUGCUGGAGGAAAACAAGCGGCAUCAGGAUCUCAUCCUGGGCAUCUGUUCCGAGAAGGACAACAUGAAGGAGGAGCUGAAAAAGAGAGACGAGACGGAGAAGCAGCACACGGGCACCAUCAGAAAUCUGGAGGGAAGGGUUACCGAGCUGCAGCGGGUGCUGAAGGAGUCCCGGGACAAACUCAUCCAACAGGAGCAGGCGGCUAAAGCUAACCUGAUGCAAACGCAGAAGGAGAUGUCCUACCGGCUAGAACAGGCGAACAGGAAGUGCGAGGAAGCACGCCAAGAGAAGGAGAGCAUGGUGAUGAAAUAUGUGCGGGGGGAGAAGGAGGCUCUGGACCUGAGGCGGGACAAGGAGACUUUGGAGAAGAAGCUGCGGGAGGCCACCAAGGAAGUGGAGCGCCAGGCCCUACGAGGAAACCAGCUUGCCCAGGAGAGAGGCCGCCUGCAGCAGCUGUGCGACGCCAAGGAAGGCGAAGUCAGCCGGCUGACUCGAGAGGUGGAAAAGUUGAAGGAGGAUAACAACUCCCAUCUUAUUAAGGUCAAAUGGGCCCAGAACAGACUCAAGAGUGAGGCUGAUGCCCACAAGGAAUCUAAAGACAAGCUGAGGGACAUCACAUGCAAACUCACCCAAGCCAAAGAAGAGACGGAGCAGAUUCGCAAGAACUGCCAAGACAUGAUCCGAACAUACCAGGAAUCAGAAGAGAUCAAAUCCAAUGAGCUGGAUGCUAAACUGAGGGAGACCAAAGGAGAACUAGCCAAACACAUGCAGGAGCAAACGGACCAAUUAGAGGUGCACCGCGUGAAGGCCAAAGAGCUGGACGACCUGAAGAGGAGUUACAAGGAGAGCAUGGAUGAGCUGGACGCGCUCCGCACCAAGCUCAAGUGUCUGGAGGACGAACGGCCCCGCUGGGAGGACGAGCUGAGCAAGUACCGCGAGAUCAUCAACAGGCAGAAAGCCGAGAUCGGUCGCCAGAGGGACGAGUUGAACAAGAUGGGCGCGCUGCAGGAGGAGCAUCAACGGGCCCAACAAGAGCUCACGUCUCGGUGCAAUGAGGUCGACUCGCUCAACGGCCAGAUGGAGGACCUCCAGCGGGACGUGCAGGGGAGCCGGGAGCGCGAGGCCGAGCUGCUGGGCUUCACCGAGAAGCUCAGCAGCAAGAACGCCCGCUUGCAGUCGGAGAGCAACGCCCUGCAGUCCCAGCUGGAUCAGCUGGGCGACCGCUUCGCCGAGCUACGAGCCAAGCUGGAGGAAACCGACGGCGCCCUGGAUGACAAGUCGCGCCGGCUAAAGCAGGAGGAGGUCCUGAGGCAGCAGGAGGUGCGAGCUCUGCAGGAGGAGCGGACCGAGCUGCAAGGCGAACUGAGCCGGCUCAAGACGCGAGUGGACGAGUUGAGGGACGAGCUGAUGACUCAGAGGAGGAAGCAAGCGGCCAACAUCAAGGACCUGACCAAGCAGCUCACACAAGCUCGAAAGAGACUGGACCAGGUCGAGAACGGAGGCUGCGACCGCGAAGGCGGCAGCAUGGGUAGCCGAUCCAGUUCCUCAGGUGCUUCGCCUGGCUCCUUGAACGCGCGCCACGGGGGCGGAGGUGAGGAACGCUGGCCGGAGAGCCACUCGGGUUCCUCGACGACGGCGGCGGCGACGGUAGACAGCUUCCCGGAGGUGGAUAAGGCCGUGCUGGUGGAGCGCAUUGUCCGUCUGCAAAAGGCGAUGGCCCGCAAGCAGGAGAAAAUUGAGUUCAUGGAGGAUCACAUCAAGCAGCUGGUGGAUGAAAUCCGCAAAAAGACCAAAAUCAUCCAGAGCUACGUACUAAGGGAAGAGUCGGGGGCCCUCUCGUCAGAGGCGUCGGACUUCAACAAGGCCCACCUGAGCCGGCGGGGGGGCAUCAUGGCUUCGCUGUACACCUCCCACCCGGCCGACAGCGGGCUCACGCUGGACCUGUCGCUGGAGAUCAACAGGAAGCUGCAGGCGGUGCUGGAGGACACCCUGUUGAAGAACAUCACUCUCAAGGAGAGCCUUCAGACGUUGGGCGCCGAGAUCGAGAAGCUAAUUAAACAGCAGCGAGACCCCGUAGACGGAGCGAGGAGGAAGUAAGUGAAGGACUGCGGAAAUUUAGGAUACAAAUGUGCCAGUAACGUCCUUUUUCGUCAUUGUCAUCUUCUCGUUACCUUGCCCACUUACUUGAAUUGUUCUGUCGACUUUGCAAUCGCUUUGGUGCAACGGAACGCGAUUUCCUCCGGGGACAUUUUUUCGACGGCUGUGACGGGCCAUUAUUCUGAAUGUAGACUGGGGAUUGUCGCAAAGAAAACGGACCAAAUAUCAAAUAUGUGUGUGUGUGUGUGGGAGGGGGGUGAAUUUGUCUCCAGGUUCUCUGUUCAACAACGCCAUCCGCCAAGUAAACCUCAAUGCCAAAUUCUUUUUUGAAAAGAAACUUGCACGACCCCAUCAUAACGUAGCACUCCGAGAUGUGAAUUAUUCGUGUCCUUGUCACUGAGCUGACGUUUCUGCUGCUUGGUAACGGCAAAGCGUGCAAAAAUCUACCCAGGGACAAAGUGCAAUGUGUGCCCUUUCUUUUGAUUUUCAUUUAUUUUGCUUUUCAUUGCAACUUGUGCGCGCGCGCGCAUUCGUUUGCUCACCUUCUUCUUCCAUUUCAGCGUAAUAGGCGUUUGGUUUACUCCUCACGUCCGCGCCGGACUUGUCCGGUCUUAUUGGCUGGUACCAAGUUGACUUUGAUGAUUGUUCCAUUUGGCGCCGUAAUCCCUCUUUGCUUUUAGGUCACACGCGCGCAUACGAGAUGAAGGGAACGACGGCCGGUCGAUACAAAAGGUCUUUAUUUGAUCUCAUGCGGCGCCACAACAAACUGUUUCAUGCAUUGGGCCAAACCCGCCGAGCAUUAUUAUUUUGGAGAAAAUGAGACGAAAAUGGAAACAUAAUUCUCUUUCUCAUGUAGAUGUACCGCAAAAUAGCCGCAUCGGCGCCGGAAUGGGGUAAUUUACGCGCCUGUGCCUCUCAAUCCAGAACCCAACGAAGCAGGUUAUUGCCACUUUCACGCGACGAAAUCGCUUCGUUUGACACGUGACAACGAAAAUUAAUUUCAACACGACGGUGCUGGACAAGUGAAUGUGUGCGAGUGUUGGCUACGACUCUUAAGACGCCUCAAUGCUGUUUACGAUACCAGACGGCAAUAAGGCAACUGCCAGCUUUUAACACACAACUCAGCCGAGUGCAGCGACUGCGUCCGCGAGUAAUAUGAAAGGGCCUUCCAUGGGAUAACAUGAAACAUGAUUCGCGUAGCUUUGAGGUGACGCCGUAAAACGGGAUAUAUAUAAUUGUUUUAAUUUUUUUUUUUUUGAAUCAAUUUCCUGGUUCUGUGCAAUGAUUUCAGUGGGCUCUGUCUGUGUGAAACAAACUGUGAUUCUAAUUAAAUUGUACAUUUGUAUAUAUUGGAUGAUGUGUAUAUACUGUGGAUAUAUAUAGAUAUAUAGAUAUAGAUCUAUAUCUAUAUAUAUAUAUAUAAAUAAGUGGAUCAAGGAAAUAAAAUGAAAUACGUCUGA